UUGUAAGUGUAUCAUAUUUUGAUUGUGUAUACAACAAGACAACUCAUCAAUACUGCGUAUCGCGAUUUUACAUUUCCAAGCCAUCGUUUUGGAAACGAAAGGUACGUCUUUGAAUUUGUAAAACUCGGUUUCAAAAUAACGUAAAACAGCCGGUAAAGGAAAGUUCUAAGACUAGCUAAACUGAAGUGGAUUCAGCUUAAAAACAUUAGUCAUUAUAAAGAGCUUUUAUAAAGACUAAUGUUUUAAGCGGAAUCGAUCCCUUUCAAUUCAGAUUUGACUACGCAUGCAACAAACAUUUCAUCGGCAUUUGAGAUUCGGAGAUGGCGGCUAGCAACUUCACAGAGUCAGAAAUUAUUUUGGGCGGCAAACUAGUUUAAGGUAGGUCUUUCUUUCAUUUUUUACAGCUUUUUAAUUAAAUGACAUCAAACAGCCUGUAGAGGAAAGGUAGAUAUGUACUAAUAAUUUUCCAUCGCAGUUGAAAGCUAAAUUGAAAGGAAUUUUUUAGCUUAAAUAUGAAGGCUUUCUACGAAGACACUGGCUGCCACCAUACAAGAUAGUUCGUUUAAUGUCGUAUUCAUGCACACACAGACAGAUCAAGCGACAAAGGCAACUACGCACAUUAGUUUCUCAUGUAGCUGUAUAGAUGAAGAACUACACAGUGCAUGCAUGUGUAUCAAAAAAAGAUAAUCGAACUUCAGCGCGCUAUUAGAGAGGUUAAGAUACCCCGGUUUCGGUUCUACGUGUACGGGUGGCAUGAUUUUUGAUAGCAAUAUUUUCGUCGAUGUCUGUACCUUUACUCGUAAUUAAGGUGCACAUUUUUCGCAUUAUAUCAUUGUCUAUUGCAAGAAAACAGAAAAAGUAUGAUCGAAUUACAGACAUCAGUAAAACAAGAUGACACUACUCGUACCCGUACACCGAAACCGGGGCAGCUUAGCUAAGAUAAUAAUCAUAAGUAAUAAUUAUGAAUUUGUGCGUAGUUUAUUGAAGUGAAUUUUCAUCAACUUAAGUCCCAAAGGGGUUAAUUUUCAAUGGUUUUAGGCCCAACUCUCAACGGUGAAAAUAUGCGGCGAUUCUGACUAACAUUUUUUAUCGGAUCCGUAUUUGCUCAUUUUUUCCCAUUUGUCAUGAAGAACAUAUUAUUCAACAGCUAAAAGCCUGAUCUUUCCGAAUAUGAAAAAAUCUGGUUCAUACGUAAUAUUCCUACUUGUAACCUAACGAAUUGAGUUCAACACUUCGAACGUAGAAAGCCUUUGCGUGGGAGUUAGGGAGAUUAUCAUUUCGUCAGACGUCAUUUCGAGUUCUCCCAAACUAUCACAAGUGUUUCUGUACUGGCAUGAUAGAAACACGGGAAAAACUUAUAAUACCGCGCGCGCAAAUUUAUUUUAUCGCCAUAUGCAAUCCUACAAAGAACUUUUUACGGGAAGAGCUGUUUAAUUUCUAUUUUUGUUAUAAUAUAACUCAAUGAUAAAAGUUUUUAUAGCACCAUUUUUAUAUCGAUUUAUUUACAAAUUCUCAUUAAAGUCCACUAGAUCGGUUGCCUUUGAUCACAGAGUAGAUACAUAUACAGAGUUCUAGCUAGUGUACUUACUUUUUUGUGCGCAUGCUCGGCAAGUUACGAGAUGCAUGCAUCUCAUUGGAUGGCGACUCGCUUUAAUUAACUGCUCGCGGAACUUGCUGAGCACGCGCAGUUGAUCCGGUCGUCUGAAAAAAAGUGGGUACAUGAAAACGUAAGUUUCCGCAGUGUUUACAACUGCCAGUUCCAGCUCUGUAUAUAUAGCUACUCUGUGCUUUGGUCUCGUCAAUGGACCAUUUUCAUUAUAGACUAAAUUUUGAUCUAAACAAGUAUAGACAAAAAUUUCAUCACAGCUUGAAAGAGCAUCACAAAAUUAGUAAUAUUCCAAAGUUUCGUUGUGAAAUGUUGUAAAAUGCGGAUACUAUAGCCUUGCGAAGUUUGCCGUUUUUCAGUCAUUUUGUAUUACCAACGGGAAAUUGACAGCCCCAAAGAGCCCAAUCGGGUGUUGGGGCAUCAAUUUCUCGUUUGUAAUACAAAAAUGACUGAAAAUUGCAACUUUCGCAGGGCGAUAUUAUCCGCAUUUUACUUGUUUAGGUAAAAAUUUAGUCUAUAAUGAAAAUGGUCCAUUUGACUAUAAAAGAUUCAAGUACUUGAUUCUCUAAUUUGUCUUGUGUUCCUUGGUUUAGUUAUUAUGUACAUUAUUUAUAUUUUUAGGGCCGAACAAACUAAUGAGCAUAUAUACUAGUCCUGUUCUAAGAAAAGUGCAAGUUUGAAAUGAAGAGGAACCACUUAAACGCACUGUGUUUCGGCUUAAUAAUCGCCACAUUCUACGCAUGUCGCAAAACUGAGGCGUUGAAAUGCGAUCCUCAUACUGGUCCGAACGGAGUUAGACACUGCAUCAAACUGCCACAAUUUAACGACUUCCAAUGGAGUACUUGUCGUACAGACCUUUACAUCAGAGCAAAGACGGAUAGCAAGCACCACUGCGCACGUCGUGAUACUACAUAUUGCUAUUAUCAGUGUAUGUUGGAUGUGUAUGGUGAAAACGGUGGUGAUGUUUAUGGCAGCUGCCGGUGCUCCGCAGGUAACAAUUAUUAGAAGUAAUACCACCAUAAUAUAAGGGAAAUUAGCAAUCUCGUGCCCCGAGUAUGCCCGUUCGCAGGUUAGGUGCUGGGCAUGACUCUGGAGAAACGUAAUGACCGGAUAUGCAAUUUUGGAUAUCCAGUUACUUGUGCGCAUGCUGUUGCUAAAACCGCAACACUGAGUUCGCGCGGGCGUCAUUAGUUGUAAUUUAAAUAAAAUCGUUUCUAUUAGAAAAUCGGGCGGGCAGGCCCUGGGUACGAGGUUGGUCGAAAAUUUGAUACUUUUUACAUUGAAAUCAAUUGAAAAAUACUUAUUUUGUUCUGCUAAAAGUUACAGAGUGAAUGUAUACGGGGUGUAUAUAAACUAAGCAUUUUUAUGGUUUUACACGGUCAAGAAAUGGUAUCGAGACUUUACAAGAAGGCUACUGACAGAGUUUAUUGGAUAACUUUUUAUUUUUACUGUUUUACAAGUUAGAAUGCCCUAGAUUAUUACAUGCUAUUAGGUAGUUUUUAUAAUAUUAAAAUAUCUAGAAUGUUUGAUGAUGAUGGACCUGUGGCUGGUUAACCUAUUUUGUUUAUUAAAUACUUUGGUACCUUGAUCGAUAUAUUGAUAUUUAAAAUGAGUAUGAAAGUACUUCCCUAUGUAUAUCGAUAUCAUUCCGUUGAUUUAAACAUUGUGCUUUGUUAAAGUGCCUAUGACACGAAAUUUCACCCCAAUUGUUUAUGAUUGCAUUGUAAAGAUCACUUAAAAGACUUAAUAAUUUCUUUUAUAGAAUUUUGAUAACUUGCUUCCUUUGCAAGAUAUUCAACUUUGUUUCAUAUGCAAAUAUCACCGGUGUGACUAACAUUUUGAAAACGCAAUAUUUUACCUUGAUAAAAUAUUUUUACAAACAAAUACAGAAGGUUAAUUACCAGUUCUGAAAUUAAUACAUAUAGAAGGGAAAUUUUAAGUUUUUUAGGUACGUAUUUAGGUACGUAUUCGUCAAGAAAACUGUACUUUUCUGAAAACUCAUUAUGUGAUGUGAUGUCACACCGGUGCAUGAUAUUUGCAUAUGAAACAAUUGAAAGUUGAAUAUCUUGAAAAGGGAGCAAGUUACCAAAAUUCUAUAAAAGAAGUUAUUAAGUCAUUUUAAGUGAUCUUUACAAUGCAAACAUAAACCUAGCUUUGGGGUGAAAUUUCGUGUCAUAGGCACUUCAAUUUCAUUUUUCAUACAAACAGUUCCAUGGUUAUAUGUAUUUAAUUUAUUUAAUUGACUCAUAAAAAAUUAUGUUUACAAUUAUUGAUGCUUGAAAAUAACUUAAUUAAAUGUAAUUAUAAGACAGUGUUUGAAGUGUUUUUGCUGAUAUAAUAUUAUCAUAACUAUUGGGUUUAACAAUUAACACAGGACCGUGUCAUCAGGUCGUAUGAUAUACAUACUCAAAAAAUAGAGUCUUUUAUCCACACAAAAAUUCUGUGCUCGCUAUGUCCAUAGGAAUGGAAACAUUUUUAUAACAUUUUAAAUAUUGAAUGUAUAUGUCUGAUAUGAGAAUAAGUCUAAGAUGCGGCAACUACAAAAAAUCGUUGUCAAGUAGCACCGAUUGACUUAAUAACUUGACUUGCUAUAUAUCAAUCUCAUUUCAUCCAGGAAGCUCAUGAUUUAAUUUAGACGCAGUUUACUUCUGCAAGAGCUAAAAUCAUGACUAUUUGGAUCAAAUCGAUAAUAGUACAUGGACAUGAUUUUUCAAACAGGUCAAAACUAGUUUAUUUUUCAUAUUUAAUUGAUGUAGCGAGGCACAAAACAGCUUUCUUUGCAAAACUAUAUGUUGUGACCAUGCAAGGUGAGAGUUUUCAGCCCACGCUGUGUAAUAACCUAGCUGAAAUUGUUUCACGAUUAGGCAGCACGUUUCAGUCCGGGCUGAGUUAAAUUUUUGAAAUUGCUCUUAAUUUCGAAAAACAGCUAUUAGUAUCCAGUUUUUGAUGUAUAUAUAGCUUCUUUGGGUACUUAUAAUGUAGAAAAAUAAAAAAAUUCUUGAACUCAAAUUUUGUGAACCAGGGGGGGGGGUGUCUUUUCCAACAAACUAAUAAUGUUCUUUGAAUGUUUGCAUGGCGAUAAAAUAUAAUUGUUUUUGUUUGUGGAAACACCACGUAAAUUUAUUACUGCAAAGCUUUCGAUCCGUAAGCCCGGAUCUUCAUCAUCAUCUUCAUCAUAUUAUUAGCACUGAUGAAGAUCCGGGCUUACGGAUCGAAAGCUUUGCAGUAAUAAAUUUACGUGGUGUUUCCACAAACAAAAACAAUUAAACUAAAAAAGGCUUGCGCACGGAAUUUAAAUGCUUUAAUCAUAUUUUAAGUUAAUAGAUGGAAAAUUUGUUGGAUUUUAAUUACUGUACAACGUUUUUUAAGCCCUUUAACUAUUCACGCAAACUUACAUUUUUUCUUAAAAAAUCAGCUAUUUGCAUGCUAAUUAUGCCUUUGCCUAAUUUGCAUAUGUUAGCAAUAUGCAAAUUAGGUAAAAGCAUUAAUUAAGCAUGCGAAAGGCUAAUUUUUUAGCGGAAAAGUGAAUAGUUAAAGGCUUAAACUAAAGCAAAUUGUCUGAAAUUUUGCACAGUAAUUAAAAACCCAACAAAUUUCCCAUCUAUCAUCUCAAGCCGUGCGCAAGCCAUUUUUUGUUUGUUGUAAAAGCCCCCCCCCCCCCCACUCUGGUUUACAAAAUUUGAGUUCGUGAAAUUUUUUUAUUAUUCUACAUUAAGUACCCGAAAAAACUAUAUAUAUAAAAAACUGGAUACUAAUAGCUGUUUUGCGAAAUUGAGGCAAUUUCAACCCUACUGUGAUAAAAUAAAGUACUCUCACAAUCCAAGGCUAUCAAACUGAUAUCGGUCUGCAAACUACAACGCAUGUCAAUGAUUUUCUUUCUUAUAGGAGUGCCUGACGAAAAUCCAAAGCCUUCAUCAAAGAGUAACACCGGAGUCAUUAUUGGAACCGUGGCAGCAGCAGUGAUUGUUAUAGUCGCGGCAAUUUUCAUUGUCGGUUGCUUUCUCUUUGGAAGACUAAAAAAACAAAGAAGGCGAGACAUUGGUCCCAUUCAAAAUGCUGCUUAUGAAGGUGGCAGAUAUGCAGACAGAAUGCCACAGGUAUUUCAUUCUGAAAGUAGACCACCGGCCUAUUCUGAAAGUGGGCUGCCACAAGUAUUCUACUCCCAAAAUGAUUAUGGGCAACCAGCAAAAUAUCACAGUUCCACGACGGUGUCGAUUGAUGCAAAUUUUCAAAGCGCAAAUGAAGCAUAUCCCAACCAACAUCACAGAGCUCACAACGAAAAUGUCCAACGUGAUGCUCCACACAACUUGAAUAGCAAUCCAGCAAACGAAUCUAUGUACGAAGAAGUAUCCUAGAGAGUGGUAAUGCGCAGUUUUUGUGUCAGUUGCGCAUAUAUAGUUCAAGUUAUAUAUAUUUUAAAGAUGAAUGUUUGUAGGAACUUUAUUCAGAGCUUCGCACUGGUAUAGCAUUUAGAUUGUGUGGCCGAUAGGGAUUUAAAUAUAGCACAUAAAUGCAUGACCAUUAUAGGGAGAUUAAUUGUUGCUAGGCUAAUAAGUCUUAGAUUGCGUAAGUCAUGCAAAACAGUGGGUAUACGCAAUGCGAUGUGGGACAAAUGUGGGUCAAAUAUUAAUUGUUUGACAGUGUGAGCCCCCCAUCAGGUUACUCAAAUUUUUUUGAAUACUUUCACUCUAUGUUAUUGGUAAAUCGUAUGUGCUCAUCUAGUAUUGUUUAUAAUUAAAAUAUCAUUAAUAAUUCAUAAACCUUGUGGCAAAUCAUGUCAGCCAUAAUAUAUCACGUGGAGUGACUUUAUAUCUGAUAAAACACAUGCAUGCAUGUCUCAUUACAUAAUUGUUCAUUUUAUAAUUAGUGUUCUUAUAUAUAAUUGUUCCGCAUCCCAAUUAGUAUUUUUUGUAGUCGUAUUUUAAGCAAUCUCGGCUGCGCCUCGCGUUUUAUAUCUCAUAAAACACUCUGCUCGUGUUUUAAAUAGUACUUUUAAAUAAAUAAAUAAAUAAAUGAACGAACAACGAACGAACGAAUAACAGUUAUACGCAACACAUUAUUUGGCGGACGUCUGACUGCAGAUGCAAAGCUUUUGUUUUGUGUUUCAUUUAAUUAAUAUCUGAUAAUUGUUGACUACGACCUGGUGCGCGUAUAUAGGCCUAAUAAUGCUUAGUGAAACCCAUUUCAAACCAUCUCAGGUUGUUAUUUUAUAUUGAUAGUUUUCUAAUUGCGAUGGCCACGGGUGGCCUAUCGCUUUAAAUCCAUCUCUGUCGCUGUCAUCGUUUUCCAUCGACGAGAAAUCGACUUUCCAUCAAGGCAUUGCAAGCUCAGAAUAAGAAAUACUUCAUGUAUUUGAACUUUUUAAAGUUUUUAAGCAAUUAAGGCCUGUUUAAACGGAUGCAACACGUUGGACCAACAUCACCCAACAUUGUUGUGUCCAAAAUGUUGGGUCCGUUUGAACACCAUGUUGGAUAUUGUUGCACUAUGUUGGAUGAUGUUGGAUCAAGUUUGAUUUUGUUCAAACUUUUCAUCCAACAUCGCCCAACAUUUGGCGAAAAAUCAGUACAACGUCAUCGUUCCCAUUGACAUUAUUUAAAUUUUACAAGAAAUAUGCGAUAAUCUCACCUGAUAUAGUAUUAUAGUUUAAAAAAACUUUAUUCAUACUAACGAUGAGGUAAAAAUCCAUACAAUAAUGUUAAAAUAUACAGAAUGUAGAGGCUUACACAUGCAGCAAGCAAAAACAGCCAUCUUGAAAACAUGAAAACAAUGUCAUUGUCAAUAACAUUGAAAAUCUAUGGUAUAUUUAAUUAAUAUACAGUAAAUACUGUCCAAUCAACACACGGGUCACACUGUUCUUAUUUUCAAACAGAAUUUUGUACUAAUUAAACUGC